AUGGGAGCUUCCGAUCCAAAGACAGUGAAAGAGUUGUUCGAAAUCAUUCAACGAGACCGUCAAAUUAUCGAUGAAAAAUUCAAUACCUUAUCUACUGAAUCUAAAGCAACAACGGAGACCUGCAAGGAGACAGCCGAAUAUGUCAAAACUCUUACUACUCAGCUUGCAGCAUCACUCAGAUCAUCUCCACCACCAUCUAGAUCUGGUGUUCAAGAUCCAAUCAAUCAUGGCGGAGACUCUUUUCACCAGAAUAGUCCAUUCUUUGAACAACGUAAAGUGGAUAUUGCAGCCAUCCAUCUUGACGGUAAAGCAAAUAAGUGGUUCUUAAAUUUCCAAGUGGGUCGUCAUCGCAUUCUCUGGUAUGAUUUUGCUCACAGUAUUUUUUCUAGAUUCGAAAAUCCGGUUGAUGAGAAUUUUGUUGGGUCUUUUAAUAAAAUGAUGCAAUUGAAUUCUGUGGAGGAAUAUUUUGACCAAUUUGAAGCACUUAAGGCCUUAAUGCUCGCCUAUAAUCCAUCCUUGGAUGAAUGUUAUUUCAUUUUGAGCUUUAUCAGUGGCCUUAAGGAAGAGAUUCGCAACUCAGUUUAUAUGUUUAACCCUCAAUCUUUGAGUAAGGCUUUUACAUUAGCCAGAAUGGAGGAACAAAAACACCAAUCACUCCCUAAAUUUAGCAAACCCUCUUCUACGUCGUUUUCUUCAUCCAGAUCUUUUUCUUCACCAAAUUUUCCUCCCAAACCCAUCAUUACUAAUGCCAAUUUCUCUAAAUCGGCACCCACCACCCCAAAAUAUUACUCUCCUACCAACACAAAACCUUCUUCAUCUUCACCAAUCCUGCGAAGGUUAACACCAGAACAAAUGCGUUUGAGGAGAGACAAAGGUCUGUGUUACAAAUGCGAUGAAGUUUACAAGUUUGGGAACAUUUGCAAAGGAAGACCACAACUAUUUAUGGUCCAAGCUGAACAUUAUGAUACUCAAUACACUGAGACAGACGACGAAGUGUUUGAGGAGGCUGUCGAAUCACCAAUGGAAUCUGAUAUGGAUAUUUCACUCCAUGCUCUUACUGGUAAUACUAAUGGUGAUACUAUACGUAUUCCUGGUUUUCUUAAACGCCAUUCUAUAUCUAUUCUUGUCGAUACAGAUAGCAAUACUAGCUUUAUUGAUUGUGUCUUAGCUGCUAAGCUCAAUUGUAAGGUGGAGCAUACUGCACACAUGUUGGUGACAGUUGCAAAUGGGGCUGACUGGUUGCGCAAUCUAGGUGAUGUGGUAUUUAAUCUCUCUAAAUUCAGCAUAUAUUUUCUUCAUGAUGGGGAACAGAUCACCUUAACUAGUACUCCGUCCCCUCCAUCAUUAUUUACAAUGAGUAAUGCAGCUGUUAAGAAUUUCUUCACCAAAACUACAUAUGGGCUUAUUGGUCAGUUGUUUUACGUAACUACUUCCACUCCUACACCUUCAGUCCCUCCACCAUUAUUACCACUUCUUAAUGAAUUUCAAGACAUUUUUGCUGAACCCACCUCAUUGCCUCAUCAUAUAACUUUGGAUCAUUCUAUUCCCUUGAAACCUGAUUCUCAACCACCUAAUCUCAGACCCUAUAGAUGCCCUUAUAUCCAAAAGGGAGUGGUUGAGAAACUUGUCAAGGAAAUGCUUUCUUCUAGCAUUAUUCAGCACAGUCAUAGCCCUUUUGCCUCUCCCAUUCUCCUAGUUAAAAAGAAGAUAACUCUUGGAGAUUCUGUGUUGAUUACAGAAAGCUCAACAACAUCACAAUCAAAGAAAAGUUCCUUAUCCCAAUUAACUCUCCAUGGACACUAUGAGUUCAAGGUCAUGCCAUUUGGUCUUGCAAAUGCACCAGCUACCUUCCAAUCCCUUAUGAAUGAUAUUUUUGGUCCUUAUUUGAGGAAGUUUGUCUUAGUCUUUUUUGAUGACAUUUUUAUCUACAACACUUCCAUGGAAGAACACUUGGAGCAUUUAAGAAUAGUAUUAUCUCUACUCAGACAUCACCAGCUUUUUGCAAAGAUGUCUAAGUGCAGUUUUGGCUAUUAUAGAAAAAAUUUCAGAAAUUAUGGCACCCUCAGCAAGCCUCUCACUGAUCUACUAAAAAAGAACUCCUUCUCAUGGAACUCAGCUGCUACUUAUGCUUUUGAGCAACUUAAAGCUGCAAUGACAUCUACACCAGUACUUGCUCUACCAGAUUUCUCUAAGUCAUUUACAGUGGAGAGUAAUGCUAGUGAUGGUUGCCUUGGUGCUGUUUUGACUCAAGAAGGCAAGCCAAUUUCAUUUUUUAGCUCAGCACUUGGACCCAGGGCAAGGGCCUUAUCCACUUAUGAAAAGGAGUUUCUUGCAAUUGUUAAGGCUGUUCAAAAGUGGAGGCAUUAUCUACAAGGACCAAAUUCAUCAUUCAGACUGAUCACCAAAGUCUUAAAUACUUUCUAG